AUGGCGUCAGGCGUCGAUGCUCGGCUGCUGAAGUCGACCAAGUUCCCUACAGAGUUCAAUCAGAAGGUGGACAUGCAAAAGGUCAAUAUCCAUGUCAUCAAGAAAUGGAUCGCCAGCCGCAUUUCCGAGAUCCUGGGCAACGAAGACGACGUGAUCAUCGAGCUCUGCUUCGCCCUGAUUGAGGGAGCGCGCAACCCCGAUAUCAAGUCUCUACAAAUUCAGUUGACAGGGUUCCUCGAGAAGGACACUGCUACGUUCUGCAAAGAGCUCUGGAAGCUUCUUCUGAGUGCCCAGUCUAGUCCACAGGGUGUCCCCAAAGAGCUUCUCGAGGCUAAGAAGCUGGAGCUGAUGCAAGAAAAGGCAGAUGCGGACCGUAGUGUCGACGACACCCGUCGCCGUCGCGACCAGGACGACCGCCGAGCCCGGGAUUUCUCCGACGACGUCGAGGGGAUCGUGGAUUUGACCGAGGAGGUCGUGGCCGUGGUGGCGGCUUUGGUCGCGACCGCUCCCGUUCGCCAGAUGAUCGAUUUCGUCAACCCAGGGAUACGUACCCUAGCGACAGAUACGUGCCGCAGGGUCGUGGUGGAAGAGAAAGUGACCGUGGUCGCGGAUCAUUCCGGGGCCGUGAUCGGGAGUCGGAUCGAGGGCGUGAUCGAAACAUGGACCGGGGCCGCCCAAGAUCGCUCUCCUCCAGAUCAUCUCGGGGAAGUCAAAGCUCGCGCAGUCGCAGUAUUUCGAGAGGCAGCUCCAAAGCGGGACGAGCCAGGCGCUCACGGAAAAGAUCUAGAUCUAGAUCUAGGUCCAGGUCGAGGUCCAGGUCGCCGCAACGCAGACGCGGAGCACAAACCGGAAGGAAUCGCGACGGCCGCCUACGACGAUCGCCAUCCACAUCGCCUGAUCGACGUGGGCCAUCGUCGAAGAGGCGCCGAUACUCGUCAUCUAGAAGCAGAUCCGCCACUCCCCGACGCAGGCGCUCUCCGUCAUCCUCUGGUUCUUCACGCAGCUACACGAGAUCACGAAGCCGAAGUGAAUGUCGCAGCCGCAGCCGCAGCCGCAGGUCUUACUCCAGCGACAGCAGACGAUCACCAUCGCCCCGGAGACGACGCCCGCGCAGCCAGAGCGUCUCCAGCCACGAAUCUGGAGCAGAGAAGAGGACUGGGCGAUCAAGGCGAGAGACGUCAGAGACGCGCGGGCCACGACGCAACAGUUCCUCGCCGCCGGGGUCACCAUCAUCACCACCCAAACAUCGUAGCGGAUAGGCUGAUGUGUCCAAGGGUAGCCGUCAUUCAUUACUAG